AUGCGUCGUUCUGUGUCUCAAUCUACGAAUCGAAAUGAAGCAAAGUACGGAGUAUAUAUUUGUCGCAACUGUGAGUACAAGCCAUACGUUUUCCAAGUCGAAGAUGUACAGUCUAUAGUAUCGUACUUUCAAGGAAUGCAAUAUAUACGUGCAAAAUCGUUGACAGAUCGAAGCGCCUCUGUCUACGUAAUUAAGAAACUUGCGGGUCAAUUUUCAGUACAUCACCGAUCCUUGUGGUGCUGUCAGUUUGACUUCGUCCUGUUAGUUGGUGAAGAAGAGGAUCGUAGAACGAUCAAAAUGUCGUUCACGGAAAAAAUAAUAUCGAUUAUGCAGAAACCAGGACAGGACCCUGUUGCCAGGGACGAUGUACCCUGGUGGAUGAAAUAUGCUGGUCGAGGACUCGGCACUGUAGGAAGCCUAAUUGCAAUUUUUCUCGGAGCAUGGAACUGUGCAUCGAUACUGUUGGGUUCUAUAGACUGCUUAAUUAGCGGCAUGUGGCAAAUGGUGGCUGGUUUUAUAGUUAUAAUGAUAGAAGCACCGUGUUGCUGUCUAUUUAUUGAUUUUGUACAAAACUUAAGCGAUUCGGUAGAGAAGAGGCCGUAUUGGAAUAGGGCAGCAGCAUAUUGUUUAAUGGCGCUUCCACCAAUCAUCGUAUGUAUAGGUGUAAGUAGCAUAUUUGGCAGCGGUCUGAUAUUCGCAACUGGUGUGAUAUAUGGAUUGAUGGCAUUAGGACGAAAGGCACCUCUACAAGAAAUGAGAUCAGCAGCCACGAAUGUUCAGGCUCCUUCGUCGAGUAUGGAAGCCACACUUGUUGAGAAUGCUCAACCGAUGGGGGUUUCCAACAAACCAGAUAGUAAUGUUUGACUUUUAAGAAUUACUUGACAAACGAUUCCUUUUUAGCGCGUGUGAUGAUGAAUGCUAACUUAGUCGAAUAACGAUCAGUCAAGUUCACGAACAUUCAUUAUCAUACUAAAUCAUUUAUUUAUAUCUGACGAGUUCACGAACAUUUUAUUGUAUUGACUAUAUGAUGGCGAUGUAUCGUUCAAAUUGUUUGUAAUACUUGAGUUAGAGUUGACAUAAAAUACUAGCUAGAAAUACAAUUAUGUCAAGUAAAAAUACCCAUUCGCCUAGGAAUGUGUUCAUGCGAUACUCAUUACAAGCAAAGACUCCAGUAAAACCCUAACGUAAUCUUUUUCUGUUACGUAUAAUCUCCAGCUUUGAUAAACUUGAUUGUUAAUAGUGUAUGAUGUUCGUAUAGAUUAUUUUUUAUUCAUUAAAACAUACAUGCGCAAAGUUGCAGGGAAUAGAACCAGAUUUCAAUUUUUCCCUUGAAAUAAUGGCAAUAUUGAUGGGUAUCGUAAAAAUUGUAUCUCGAAAUCAUUAUUCAUGGGCUUCGUAUCCAUGCUGUCUUAUUUGUGUGUCAUAAAAGAAAACUCUAAUGAUGAAAUUAAUCCUGAAGAAUAUGAGUAAUUAUCGUACACUAAUUGAUAUUGGAUGCGAUUUAAAUUUUACAUUUGAAGGAAAUGAGUUUAUAUUUCGAAGAAAAAUAACACUUCCAGAAUCAAAAUACCUCAAUAAUUUGGAACAUACAUACAUACAUAGAUGUAUAUGCAUGUAUAUGUGUGUAUAUAAAAUAUAUGUGGAUAUGUGCUUAGCGAACCUUCUUAUAACACCUUUUGAGAAAUUGUUAAUGAAUAGAAAUUAGAGGAAUGUGUUCUUUAAAAGUGCAAAUGGUUAAAAAUUUAUUUUGAGUGUUUUUUAAUAAUCUGAAAAAUACAAAUUAAUAUUGAACACUUAUUGGAAAGCACACUUAUUAACUUUUGUCAUUGCUGUUUGUGUAAAAAUUAUGAAGCUGUGCUAUAUAUGCUGUCAUAUUCAUGUAUAUAGUGUUAUCAUAUUUUAAUAAUUAUCUCAAUUUUCAUCCUGUGUUAUAAGAGAGCUACUGUACAUGUAUACGUGUGCAUGUGUUCGUGUGCCUAUAUGUAUCUGAAUUCAUCUGUAAUUAUUUCAUGCAGUACGUAAACUUGUGUUACAAUUAACUUUCAUACAUUCUCCUUUUCUCCGGAAUUUAGAACUCCAGAUUUAAUUUUGUAAUAGUUUAUACUUCAUUCUUGUGGCCAAAUAUAUUUUAAAAUUUAAUGGAGGUAACUAACAACUAUUUUGUGAUAUGACAAAGAGAAAGCAUAAUUAAUUGUGUCGAUACGGUCAGGUUCUCGCGGCCCUGGUCUUUAUACAAUCAAUUUUUCAUUCAUUUCUCAGUCAUAAAUUUUAUAUUAUGUAUUUUUAUGCAAACAAGCAUUUAUUUCCUACUCUGGAUUAUCGCGUUACUUGAUCAUUUUCUUCCCCUACAUUCCUAUUUAUAGUUUAUUUAUUUAUUAAGAACAUAAGACUAUAGAAGCGUUAACUCUUGAACCAAUUUAUCAAUCCUUUAGUGUUGAUUUUUAUAUUAAAUUUGCCAAAUGAAUUUAAUUUAAAUGCCAUUUUUAGAGGCAUGCUGAUGAUUGUAUUAUUAUAGUUACUAUUACAAACCCUGUGUUUAUUAUAAUUCCUAUAAUACAUACAUAUUAUUGUGAUUAUGUAUAUUUAAAUAGUUUUUAUCCAUUUUAUGUUUAUCGUAUGUAACAAAGUAUACUAGAAUAACAUAAAAC